AUGGAGAACCUGACCCUAGCGAGUCCCGUUGUGUUCGAGCUGGAGGGCUUCUACGUGCCGCCGGGUUACGGCUUGCUGCUCUUCGUGCUGGCGCUGCUCAGCUACGUGGCGGUGCUGCUGGGCAACGGCCUGGUGGUGAGCAUCAUCGUCCUGGACAAGAGCCUGCACAGGCCCAUGUUCGUCAUGGUGUGCAACCUGGUGCUGUGCGACCUGCUGGGGGCCACGGCGGUGCUGCCCCGCCUCAUGGUGCACUUCCUGACGGGGCAGAAGAGGAUCGCCUACUUCCCCGCCAUCGCCCAGGCGUUCUCAGUGCACACGUACGGCGUGGCGGUGCAGACGAUCCUGGGCACGAUGGCCUACGACAGGUACGUGGCGGUGUGCGAGCCGCUCCGGUACCACGCCAUCAUGACCUCGGCCCGGCUGCACUCCUGCUGCGCCCUGGCCUGGCUGGUGGCGCUGCUGCUCAUCGCCGUGCUCUUCGCCUUCCACGUCAACGUCCCGCUGUGCGGCCGGACCAUCCGCCACAUCUACUGCAGCAACCGGGCCAUCCUGAGCCUGGCCUGCAGCCCCACGCCCACCAACAACAUCUACGGUCUGUCCAUGACCUGGUCCGUCAGCACAGGCGUCUUCCUCAUCAUUGCCUUCUCCUACAUCCGAAUCCUCCAGGCCACUCUGAAACAAGGCCGAGCCGACAGCAGCGUUUCCAGCAAAGCCUUCCAGACGUGUGCGUCUCACCUCAUCAUCUACGUGCUUUACGAGAUCGCCUCGGUCAUCAUCAUCUUGAGCUACAGGUUCCCGUCGGCUUCCCCGAACUUGAAGAAGUUCUUCAGCGCGCUGGUCUUCAUCAUCCCGCCGAUCGCCAACCCCAUCAUCUACGGACUGGUCAGCAAGGAGCUACGCAGCAGCAUCGUCAAGCAUCUGACCGUGAGUCUGUCGCAGCAGCUGGCCGGCUUCUUCAGAUGA